AUCCGAUCCGACGCCACUGCUUAGCUCCUGCUGCCCUGAUUGUCUCCAGGGCUGCUUAACUCCUAUUUAUCCUGUUGUUUUGGGGUUUUUGUUUUGCUUUGAAGGGACUAUUUCAUUGUCUGGGAUUUUAUUCAAGACCUGGAUAUAAUACGAAGUGUUUUUGUUCGUUUUGGAUCGAGGUGUGUGUGUGUGUGUGUGGAGCUCGCCUGUCUUCUUGGUUGGCUUGGGAAAAGCCACUGCGUAUCAAAUAGCAGGUGGUAAAGAUGCUGCAGUGAGUUCGGAGCUGAAUCUUAACUGAAGCCUCAGCAUGUCUAUACUGCUGAUGGUGGGUGUGGUGAUGUGGGGGGCCCAAGGGGGGGUCCAUGGGGCCAUGUGUCCCGGAGGGGUCCUUGGUAACUGCCCCACCCAGCAGAGCAACACCUCUGGUGGGGGUGAGACCUCCAGGGACUACUGCUACACCGCCCGUAUCCGAUCCACCGUGCUCCAGGGCCUGCCCUUCGGAGGGGUGCCCACUGUGCUCGCACUCGACUUCAUGUGCUUCCUGGUACUCCUGUUUGUGUUCUCCAUCUUGAGGAAGGUGGCGUGGGACUACGGCCGCUUGGCGCUGGUCACUGAUGCAGACAGACGGAGUCAGCGAUACAGCCGUCUGGACGAACAGGAAUACAUGCCUUUCCUGUCCUCCUGUGUGAGCGCAGCCCUUGAGGCGCCCAGCAGGCAGGAUGUUUACAGGGUGGAGAG